CCAACACCACCACCACCGCCUGCCGCCUUCAUCCGCACCUGCGUCGGUACCGCAGCCAUUAGCAGCACGCGCUUCCAGCAAUCACAAACUUCCACACCGCAAAGAGGCCACGCCACGCCGCCCACCAUCCGCCGCCAUCACCAUACCCUCCCUCCGAAAGGAUUCUUAUCAACCCCGACUCAUCGUCCCGAGCAGAGCACAGGGUUUAUGUAUUCGUCCCACGCGAACGCCUUUCAAGUCGAACCGCCGCCUGUGCAGCAACCAUUCCGCAUAACGCGAAGACCCCGUAGUAGCGGACACGAACGUAAUAACGGUUGACUCUCUGUCUAAGACCUGCUGUCUGAGACUUGAACACCACCUCCGACAUCACGUCUUUCACCACGGCCAUUCCCUGCAACAUACGACAGCGGCAGCACACGCUGGCUUCUGUCUACUGCAUGUCUCGUCGGCCUUUCGCCCUGUAAACUCGACCGAUCCCGCCACACUACUUCUCCCACCAAAUUCAGCCACCCACUACCGCAGUCAUGGCCAACGUCAACAUCCGUCGCGAUGUCGCUGACCCCUUCUACCGCUACAAGAUGGAGAAAAUCCAGUCCAAGGUGGAAGGCAAAGGCAACGGCAUCAAAACCGUCAUUGUGAACCUGAGCCAAGUCGCAUAUCAGCUCGCUCGUCCACCAAACUAUGUGAUCAAAUACUUCGGCUUCGAGCUUGGCGCCCAGACCAACGUCGACCCCAAGGAUGAUCGCUGGAUCAUCAAUGGCGCCCACGAGGCUAGCAAGCUGCAGGAUUAUCUGGACGGUUUCAUCAACAAGUUCGUGCUGUGCAAGGAAUGCAAGAACCCGGAGACUGUGGUCAAUAUCAAGGAUGGCGAGAUUCUUUUCGACUGCAAGGCGUGUGGCAAGAUCAGCAAGGCCGAUCUGCGCAACAAGCUCUCGGGAUACAUACUCAAGGAUGCGCCAAAGAAGGGCAAAAAGGACAAGUCUACCAAAAAGGCAGAUCGCAAGGCGCGCAAGGAAGCCGAGAGGAAUGGUACUCUUGAGAAGGAUGGCAGUCCUGGCGACAGUGGCUCCGACCCUGUUGAGGACGAGGUUGAAGACGAGGGCAACGCCAGCGACGAUGAUCUUACCAGGAGAAUCAAUGCCGAGGCCAAGGAACUCGCUGAAAUCAAGGAGAAGGAGGUCGAGUGGUCUGUUGAUAUGUCCGAGGCUGCCGUCAAGGCGCGUGCCCAGGCAUUGCCAGAGGAUCUGAAGAACACAUUGGUCAUCGAGAACGGCGAUGACGCCGAAGGCGGAGACAAUGCGUUCGAGGAGUUUGGCAAGUGGAUCGAGUCGAAGGCUGAGGAGGAGGGCGGUAUUACCAAGGUCAAAGACGUCGACAUUUACCUCAAGGCGAAGGAGCUUGGCAUCGAGUCCAAGCACCGCACUCCUGCUGUUCUGGCACAGUGUAUCUUUGACGACAGUAUUGUGAAGCAGAUCGACACCCGUGCCGCUAUGCUGAAGAAGAUGAUCACCUCUGACCGCCACGAGAAGGCUUUCCUGGGUGGUAUUGAGCGGUUCGUCGGUAUUGACAAGCCGAAUCUCAUCCCAUCAGUCAGUGCCAUUCUGCUCAAGGUUUACGAGAAUGACUUGGCUACUGAGGAGAACCUCAAGGCCUGGUGCGGCAAGGCCAGCAAGAAGUACGUGGACUUGCAGACUUCUCGCAAGGUCCGCAAGAGUGCCGAGAAGUUCCUCGAGUGGCUUGAGAACGCGGAGUCGGAUGAGGAAGAGUCUGACGAGGAGUAGAAAGGAGACCUCGCCUGUGAAUUGUUGCAUGGACACACGUUCGCUAUUGUUGCGUUGCAAUCAGAAUGUAAACUCCACUCCUCGGCGGAAUCGCUGGGCCUAAAAAAACUUGCUUUUAUACAGAUAUGCGUACUACACUCAGACCGCAGACGGUAGUGAUGAUUAUGAUUUUCUCCGCCUCAACUUCGAUAUAUGUGCAUGUUUAAGUACAGUAUCUGGUAUUAUAGUAUUACCUCGCC